AUAUUCUGUGGUAUGAUACUGUUUGGUUUUGAUUACAAAAAAAAAAAAUCAACAUUCUUAUUUCUUUAAUUUUCUUAUCAUUAAUUAUUAUGAUUUAUGAAUUCACUAAUAAUUUUAAAUUGAAAUUUACUUUUACAGUAUUUAAUAUAAUAUUCUUCUAGUCUUGUAAGUUGUAAAUUGUAAGACGUAAGUUGCGGUAGUUGUACUACUUGACACUUAAAAUUUAUUGAAAAACAUCAUAUAUUCAAUAAAUUACAUUUUGAGACAUGGGCGAUAUUAAAGAAGAAGACUGGAAUUUACCGGAGUGCAAAUACGAAUAUCUAGACCAUACAGCAGAUAUUCAAAUACAUGCGUGGGGAAGUACAUUGUCUGAAGCAUUUGAACAAUGUGCCAAUGCUAUGUUUCAUUACAUGACAGAGGUUGAUUAUAUUGAAAUGAAAGAGUCAUAUGAAAUAGAAGUUGAGGGUCAUGACAUGAUGACUCUUUUGUAUAAUUUUCUCGAUGAAUUGUUGUUCAUAUUUAGUGCUGAACCUAAUUAUAUUGCAAGAAAAGUACAAAUAGAAGUAUUUGACACAAAGGCAUUUAAAAUUAAAGCUAAAGGCUUUGGAGAAGAGUUUCAACUUGGAAAACAUCCUCAAGGAACGGAAGUAAAAGCUAUAACAUUUUCCAAUAUGCAGAUACAUGAAAAUGAAGGGAAAUGUGAAGUGUUUGUAAUUUUAGAUAUUUAAGAAAUACUUAGUCUUUUGUUUAUUAUUGAGUUGUUGGAUAUAAAUAUAUCUUGUAAGAUCACAAUAAGUCAAAUAAUUAAGAAUGUUAUUUAAAUAUAUUAAUUUAUAUAUAUAUAAACAA